CAACUUUCCUCCCACAUCUCCCCACCUCCGAAACCAGAAAGAAGUUUCACAUCGAAAAUGUCUACCGCUGCUUCGGAUAAAGCGACGCCGGAGAAAUUGACGCCGGUGUAUGGUCCUACGUCGGAGCAACCGCCGCUCUUCGAUGGAACUACUAGGUUGUACAUAAGCUACAGAUGUCCUUUUGCUCAGCGAGUGUUGAUCACCAGGAAUUUCAAGGGGCUGCAAGACGAGAUAAAACUAGUCCCGUUUAAUCUUCGAAGCAGGCCGGAUUGGUAUGCAGAGAAAGUUUAUUCCGAAAACAAGGUUCCAUCACUUGAGCAUAAUGGGAAAAUCAUGGGGGAGAGCAUUGAUUUGAUGAAGUAUCUGGAUAGCAACUUUGAAGGGCCUUCUCUUCUUCCUGAUGAUGCUACAAAGAAGCAAUUUGCUGAAGAGUUGCUUGAAUACACUGAUACAUUUAAUGGAAAUGUAUAUGCUGCCUUCAAGGGAGAUGUAGUGAGCGAUGUUGGCCCUGCUGUUGAUUAUUUGGAAGAUGCUCUUUCAAAGUACAGUGGACCAUUCUUCCUUGGUGACCAGUUCAGUUUGGCAGACAUUGCAUAUAUCCCAUUCAUUGAAAGAUUUGAGAUCUUCCUAUCAGAAGUAUACCAGUACAACAUUACUGAAGGUAGACCGAACCUUGCUGCUUGGAUUCAGGAUAUUAACAAGCUAGAGUCUUACAAUCUGACCAAACAAAUUGAUCCAAAGGAGGUUGUCGAGUAUUACAGCCUGCGUUUCCUGCCGCAGGCUCAGGGGGCUGACAACUAAACUCAAGUGCAGAUUUCUCUCUUGAUGUUUAGUCUUUUACCUAAAAAAAUUUAUACAUGUAGUCGUAGAAUAAAAAAAACGGUCACUCGUUCUAUAUUAUCUUUUUUUCCUUAGGCUCAUUUUAUAUUUUUUUAUUUUUAUGAAUGUGUGCAUUUUAUUCUUUGAAAUGUAAAUGAUCUUUCACUAAAAAUAGUGGAAGGUCCAUAAGUAAUGAAGCAACUCCUACACAAAGUAAAGAUACAUAUUAAGUGGAAAAUAAAAGUAAACGCGUUGAGCAGAAUUUCAUGUGGAAUCAGUGAUAUGGAUGCCUCGAAGAUCUAUGAACCAGGAGGUGGAGGAAACGAACAGGUAGCAUCUCAAUGUCCCAAUCCUCUGCCAUUGAAACAAAACAGGGGAAGAUAUUCAUGAUCUAUCCAACCUGGUCGAGAUGCAUUCACUGUUCUCAUUAUGGACGAACAAUCGAGAGCGCAACAGAGCUCCUGUGUUGACGAAGACUAGUGAUGGCAAUUUGAACCCGCACCACGGGUAUUGGCCGACCCGCAGAAGUGAGGGGAGGGGCAUGGGUAUCUACUUCCAACCCGUCCCGACCCCGUUCUUGGCCCAUUCUCACUUUCUUACAAUAUCUAUAAAUAUUUCUCCUAUUUGGACUCUUCAUCAACUAGUUAGAGUUGAUCUUUCAAUUGGUUAGACUCAAUUACCCAUUCUGUUAUCACCAUUCUUCAUUCAUAAAGUGUUUUCCCUUUGUUUUAUCGUAAAAAGUAAAAUGUGUAUGUAUUUUUCAAAUAACAUGUAAGCGUGGGUCGACCCGCCCCACCCCGUACCCACGUGGAUUUUACCUACCCAACUCAUAAUAGCGUGAGGAAGGGCAUGGGUACUGAGGUACCCACCCCACCCCACCCCACCCCAUUGCCAUCACUAAUGAAGACCC